UAAAAGGAGUAAUAUUACCCGCAAUAGUCAUUCGUUUACUUAUUUUAUAAUAGGAAGUGUCAAAUUAUAGUAGUAGGAAAAGGAAAGAAAUCUAGAGUAAUAGUUGGAGUGUGAAUAGCUCUACCAUCAAUCACCUACAAUCAUCUCUGCUUCGAAAUGGGGAUCGUUUCUCAGGAAGCCAUCCUUGAGUUGCAGGCAUUGAUGGAUUCAGUCGAAGAGCCUCUCAACAUUACAUUUCAGAAUGUCCAUCAAGGUUUUAGAGCUGAAACAUUGGUGCGGUUUCUAAAAGCAAGAGAAUGGAAUGUUGCCAAAGCCCAUAAAAUGUUGGUGGACUGCUUGCAUUGGAGGGUGCAGAAUACCAUUGACGAUAUGUUAGCAAAACCCAUUGUUCCUUCAGAACUUUAUGGAGCAGUGCGUGAUUCACAGCUCAUAGGAAUGUCUGGCUACUCAAGAGAGGGUCUUCCUGUCUUUGCUAUUGGUGUGGGGCUUAGCACGUUUGACAAAGCAUCUGUUCACUACUAUGUGCAAUCACAUAUUCAAAUCAAUGAAUAUCGGGAUCGUGUAAUUCUGCCUUCUGCGUCUAAAAAGCAUGGGCGACCUAUAACCACCUGUAUAAAAGUAUUAGAUAUGACUGGCCUGAAGCUUUCAGCACUGAGCAAAAUAAAGUUGUUGACAAUCAUCUCCACAAUUGAUGACUUGAACUACCCAGAGAAGACAAAUACAUAUUACAUUGUAAAUGCGCCAUAUAUUUUCUCUGCUUGUUGGAAGCAGGUUGUCAAGCCCCUUUUGCAAGAGAGAACAAGGAAAAAAAUUCAAGUUUUGCCAGGUUGCGGUCGAGAUGAACUAUUGAAAAUAAUGGAUAUUGCAUCACUACCACAUUUCUGUAGAAAAGAUGGGUCAGGAUCAUCACGCAAUUCAGAAAAUGAAAACUGCUUUUCGCUGGAUCAUCCUUUUCAUCAACAACUCUACAACUACAUAAAGCAGCAGUCCUUAAUCACUGAACCUGCUCAACCUAUCAAACAGGGAUCUUUUCAUGUCGAUCUACCCGAGCCAGCUGCUGAAGAAACAGAGAUUGCUAAAAGCCUGGAGUCAGAGUUGCAAAAGUUUGAGAAGGGGAACAUGCUGUCUAAGUCCACCGAUGGCAUCAAAACUGAUGAUGACUGAUACUGAUUAUGCACUGUUCGACUUAACUCUUGUUUCCCAAUCAGAAUCAAAAUUAGCAUUCAGCAUGCUUUGUUGUUGGUGUUGUUAGAGGAGGAAUGUUGUUUGACUCGGUCAUUCCGGUUAUAUAGUAGGAUAUAAAGAAAAGAGUAACACAUCUGGCUCGCAUUAUCUUUUAGGUUAGUUUAAAGUUAAUAAUAUAGUGUAUGUGCAUGUGUAUGUUUGGAAAGGUCACAUUUUGGGUGGAUAAUUAGGUUUGAAGUUCAACCUCAGCUGAGUUGUAGGAAUACUAUUGUAAUAAUAUUGAGUUUAACUUUAUUAGUUUACAAUAAUAUAAUAUUACUUUGAAUAGAGAAA